UUCGGUUUAACUUCUGUUAUUUAUGAAUUUCGACCCCGAUGUAAAUGACUACGAAGAUCUCGUCAAUGAGGAACUCCAGCAUCUUUUAAUAUCUUCAGAGUACUUGUGCGUAAAACCAGAGUGUUGUUUAACAAAGUAAUUUUAUUGAAUGACUGAUCACUACAUAUGAAUAUUUUGACUAUUUUGUGUAUCGAAAGUUUGUUUGUUCAAAACCGGGUUUGGCAGACAAGUAAUACCGUUGAUGGUGACGAUCUCACGUUGUUAGCAGGUAUAACGAAGGUAUAAAAAAAAAAAUCAUGAUCGAUGGAAUCUACAAUAACUAUCCGAGGUCAACAUCUCGUUGAAUGUCAUAUUUGUCAAGAGCCUGUCUCGUUCUUCUGCAGACGAUGUGGAGUCAAUCUCUGCGAUUCAUGUGUUCCGGUUCACCUCCGAAUGAAGUCCAAGACCGGACAUAUUGUGGUGAAUUACGGUAGUGGAGAUUAUGACGACACCUGCACGUGCGAUUCUCAUCCACAGAACGAGUGUUGUGUGUACUGCCAGACUUGUGAUGUUCCGAUAUGCAUGGUGUGUGUUUUAAACAAACACAAAUCACACGAAAUGUUCGAGCUGUCCAAGAAAAUUGAAGAAAUGAUAGAAAUUAUUACAAGAGAAAAUGAGCGACUUCAAAAAUAUAAAUAUGAACUUGAGAAAAUCUUGGAUCAUACGAUACAGAGAUUGCCUUCGUUAUCCAAAAUUUACCAACAGAAGAAGGAUGAAGUGACGUCACGAGGAGAGGAGUUGCACAGACACAUCGAGAAAAACGUGAAGCUGCUCCACCAGGAACUGGACGACAUGCAAAAGGAGCACGAAUCACUUCUCCAAGAACAGAAGAAAGAACUAGAAGAGAUUUUAAGAAAAGUUGAUGAAAUGAAGACAACGACCACGAAACUGAAAAAUUCACAGAAUGUACUGGAAAUGAAGAAAUGUAUGAUUGAAAAUCAGGAAACUCCCUCAGAGAUUACACAGUACUCAUUUCCGGUGUUUUGCGAAGCCAAAAUUGACGACAACUCUUUCAAAUCAUAUUUCGGAUACAAUGUCAAAAUACAAGAAAAAAGGAUUUCCCUAUCGAAAGUAAUAUUUUAUGACAAUGAGAUUUCGAGUCCCAAAAUAUUAGAGGUGCCGAAAGUUAUCACAACUAUAGACACAGAGUUUCCUGCACGUGAAAAGUAUAACAGUCGUCUAUACGAUAUUGCAGUUAUUGAUGUUAACAGAGUGUGUAUGGGAGGGGAAAGUAAAGAACUUAAGGCGUUUGAUUUUCUGGGAAACCUCCACGCAACUGUUCCUAUCACGGCACAGGGCAUGUAUUUAACGGUAUACAACAAACAAGUGGUUUGCUCAGUAAGGCGCAACAUCAAUUCUGUAUAUAGAGUAGCCGAUGAUAAAGCGAUCCACACGAUGUUUACAACGGGGGAGUGGGAACCAUACGGCAUCACGAGUACCAUGUCAAAUGAACUACUGGUAUGUCUCCGUAAAGACGACCUGUCCAAAAUCGUGCGAUACAACAGUACCGGUACCGUACUCCAGGAAAUCCAGUACAACUCACAGGGCCAGCCUCUGUACGGAAAAACAAAUUACGUCACUGAGAACAUCAACGGGGACAUCAUCGUAACAGAUUGGAAGAAAAAUGCUGUGACUGCUGUCGAUAGAUUAGGAAUAUUUCGGUUUUCUUACUCUGGGCGGGGCAAUGAAUUUGAUGUCUGCGCCGUCACUACUGAUCCUGCCGGUCACGUUAUCGUUACUGACUCAGCAGGUAACAAGAUCCACAUGUUGGACAGGAACGGGACAUUCUUGAGGUACAUCAUUCCUGAAGGAGGGAUUAAAGAACCACGCGCCGUGUGUUUUGUCGGGGACGGGGAAAUGUUUGUUGGGGAGCAGAAAACCGGAAUAGCUAAAAGAAUAAAAUAUUUGGAGAAAUAAAAAGAAUAAAAUUUGCAUAGUA